AGAGAGAGAUAAUAAUCUAAAUGAUCAGAAGCUGUACUUAUAUCUUGAUAUACUGAUCUCUCUCUCUCUCUCUCUUUAAUUUCUCAACGUAGCUAAAGUUUAAUUGGUGUUCGGUGUACCAAAUACUAUUAUCGUUAUCGAUAAUAUUAAGCUCUUUUAUAGAGCUACUUUUUCCUAAUAUUAUUUGAACAAUAAUCAAUAUAUAUACAAAAACUUAUAAGAAUUGGAAAAGAUGAUGAUGAUGUUGGGGAAGCCUAAGUUGUGGGAAUGUAUCCCAUUUGCAGCGAUGGUAACGAUGGAGGCUUGCACCAUUAUCUUGACCAUUUGGGCUAAGACAGUCAUCACUAAUAGGAUGAGUCCAUUCGUUUUUGUUGUUUACACACAUGCUCUUUCUUCUAUCUUUCUCCUCCCCUUUUCCUUCUUUUACCAUCGCAACGACAGAACUGAUGAAGAGCCAGUAUUCACCUUAAGUCUUUUUCUGCGGCUCUUCCUUCUGGGAUUAACUGGGAUCACCAUACCUCAGAACCUGGCAUUUUUGGGACUCUCUUACAGUUCUCCAAUUGUUGUUUGUGCCAUGGGCCUCACGUUCCCAUCUUUGUCCUUCUUACUUUCCAUAGUGCUCAGAACUUCAAAAGUGAAUUGGAGAAGUUCGAGCUUCCAAGCUAAAUUAUGUGGAACAAUAGUAUCAUUCCUUGGAGCAACAAUGGUGGAAUUGUACAAGGGUCCACUUAUUCGAAACACAUCAUCUUCUCUCCAUGUACCUAUGCUGGCCGCAGCCAAGAAAUUUUUGAUAUUUUCCUCAACCCCUGAGUAUUGGGUUCUUGGUGGCAUUUUACUAGCAGCCGCUAACUUGUGUGUUUCAGUUUGGAAUACUCUUCAGGCUGGAACUGUGAAACAAUACCCACAAGUGAUGAAAGUGGCAUCUUUUUACAGCACCAUUGGAACACUCCAAUCUGCUUUACUAUCAGCUUUGUUAUUCGAAAGAGACUUAAAUGCUUGGAAGCUAAAUCUUAACAGCACCGAACUCCUCCUUAUUGUUUUAACAGCAACUUUUAUGGGUCUUAUCCGAAGUUGUGUGCAUCUAUGGUGCAUGCGCAUGAAAGGUCCAUUAUAUGUGCCCAUGUUUAAGCCAUUUGGUAUUGUUUUUGCCACCAUUUUUGGUACCAGCCUCCCUGCAAGUACUCUUCGUUACGGAAGUGUGAUUGGAACAGCUAUAGUUGGAAUGGGGUACUUUACACUGAUGUGGAGUCAACUAAAUCAUGAAGACGAAGUGCGUAGUGUGAAACAAUAUGAUGUUGAGUCCCCUCCAGAAGAGGACGAGGAUAUGAAAACUCCUCUUUUGAAACCACAACAAAACUUCGUCGACUAAGGUUAUUACAACGACCCCACAGAACCAAGGGCUAGCUAGCUUCAUUUUUAUUGGGAAUUAGCUAGCUAGAAGCAAAUUAAUAAAGAAUCAUCGAAGGAAGCUCAUUUUUGUAUAUAAGUAGCUUUUUUCUUGUUCUUUUUUCUUUUCCCUUGAUGAUCGAUUAUUGGUCGAUGAUCUGAUCUCUCGUUUGCUUGGUACGUAGUGUGUGUAUGAUUGAAUUAUGAAGAUAAAGCCGGUUUUUGAGGCUUUUUCUUUGUGAAAUUUCAUUUUUUUUUUUUGAGAAACAGUCCCUUAUAAUAAAUCAAUGGACUGUAUAAGGCCUCUAUCCUUGUAAUUAAGAAUGCAAAGAGUGUUUUUAGUGCUCUCAAAUCAUGGUAUAUAUAU